GAAGUGCGGUUGCGGUAUGUUUAUGUUCGUUGUUUGUGAGUGGACGAAUGGGUGAAUAAGAGAAAAGAGUACUUUUGACUUGAUGCUGACGUGCUGACGCUAAGGAUGUGACAGUACAACUUGUUUUCUUUUUAGCCAUACCUUUUAAAGAAUCUUCUUUAUUCAGUUCUCGCAGCGCUCAGUAAAAGAAACUUCAAAACAAUGCAAGGAUCUAGAAAAUCUCAUAUUGGCUCCCUGGGUCUGAAACCUGUGAGGUUAGAUACUUUGAGCUGUCUAACCGGUACAAGACAUUCACCUAAUGCAGUUCAUCUAGGAGCAACACGUACGCCACACAUGGGAAGUUCCAAGCGUGUUAAACCCAUCAGAGAGGGUGAUGUCAAGGAGCUGAGUGUUCUAUACUCAUCAAUAAAGAAACAAGGUCACUCCAGCAACCUAAGGGCAAAGACUCCUAAUUCACGUCGAUGUUUGUAUGAUGAUCUCAACAACCAGACUCCUGGUAUUAAGAAGAUUUCUAGUGCCCAGCGCAAACCAGGGAGAAGUGGGCAAGGAGCAUCAAAGAAAGCAGAAUCAUCUAAAAUACCUAGAGUAUCAAUUACUAGACCUAAGUCCACAGUUAGCAAAAGACCCUCAACAUUGAACCCUCCAGUACCAUCAAAUGUCAGUAAAGGCCUUCCAGAGAAAAGAAAUAGACCGGUCUCAUCAAGACCACCAGUCUCAUUACUACCUCAACCAGGCACAUCUACGCGUGGAAACAUAGCACAACAAGACCUCCUUUGCCAAAUAAAAUGUUUAGUAGAAGAGCAGAGGAAAAUGUUUGAAGAAACCCAAUCCAAUAUGGAAAUGCAGAAGAAAAUGCUUGAAGAAGCAAAUUUUGUCAUAGAACAGCAGAAGAAUAUGCUUGAAGAAGCCAAAGCUGCCUUUUCUUCUCUACUUUGUGAUCAGAGGAGUACUUUAAAUGAUAUGCAAUCAAUUUUAAGCAAGCAGAAAAAAUUGCUAGCUGAAGACACUGAGCAUGAGUUUACCAAAUUAGAGAAACAAUUUAAUUCAAGACUUAGUGUAGCUGGGACACAGACUGCACCUUUCCAAGCUACAAGAAGUUCGCAAAUCAAACCAGUCGACAAAGAGAAUUCCUCACCAAAAUCAGCAGCUGCUUACAGAGAUAUGCGUAAAUCAUUUGGCUGCCUUCACACCCCUAUUACUAAAAAGUCUCAGGUUUCUAAACCCAAAACUCCCAGAUCUUUACUGUUAUCAGCUAAAGUGAAAGCUCAGCUAGAAGAACUUCUUGAUGAAUAGCUACCUGUUGACUGUCCCUCAAAUAGGGUUUCCGCAACCUGAAUAAGUAUGGUCAAGACACCCUGGACCUCAAACAAUCCAAAAAUACCAAUUAUGGCAACUUUCAGGAGGGGGACCUCUUAUGCACAAUUACCAUUUAUUACUCUGUAUAUUAAACAUGCUCUAGUCUUUAUUACUAAUUUUUAUAAUUUUGAAAAUAUACUUCUUAAACAUAA